AUGCCGAACCGCUGCACCGCGCGCAGCAACUGCGUGGUGCCUGCAGAGGAGCAUUGGCUCCUUGACUGGUCCCCACCCGAGCUUGCUUCGUUGACGAUCCGGGGCAAGCUGGAGUGGGACAGAGGCAUCGAUGACCUGCAGCUGACAGCUGGAUACGUGCUCGUGGAAGGCAAGGGCAUCCUCGAGAUCGGAACAGAGAGCCAGCCGAUGUCUAACCUGGCCACCAUCAACUUGACUGACGCGCAGGCGUCCCCGCACCCAACGCUUGGGAGCCGCUUCCUUGCCGGCCAAGACAAGGCACAGAUCCUGAUGCAUGGCCGGCCUCUUGGCACAUGGACUUUGCUGGCAAGAGAUGUGGCACAGGGCGAGUCCGAGAUAGAGCUGAAGGAGGACCCCCGGGCACUGUCCUGGCGGAUAGGCGAUGUGAUCGGAAUCGCGACGACAAAUCGUGGCCGAAC